UAUAAAAACCUAGCAGCAAAUAAGAUAUCAGAAGAGGAGGGCACUUCAGCAGACCUAGAGGAUAUAACUAGGCAAUUUAGGUCACAGUCAAUGGAGGAGUCUGAAUUUAUCACAGAAACAUCAAAUUCAUUAAAUAAAGCUUUUCAUUACCUGGAAGGGAACUCUUCUAACACGAUUUAUGAAACUCUUACUGAAAAGGAUUCAUUAAAGUCAACGUCUUCUACUGGUAGCAAGUCUAAUGAAAAUGAAGAACAAAAACAAAAUGUUCAGUUUUCUGAAACAAGCACUAGAGAUGCCAGCCCACUGUCAGAACCAGAAACUUCACGAAGUUCAUCAUUAUCAGUAACUGAAAUGAGUACUGACUCUCAAGCUUUAGUUAGCAUCCUGUCUCAUGAAAGUGUAAGAAAAGUUAAUGCACAAGUCUCUGAAGAAUACCGGGAAGGAUUUGACUUAGGGUCAGAUAACUUUACAGUUAAUCUUGAGGCUAAGGGUUUGCAAGAAUUCCCUAAGGACAGUUUAAAAGUUAAACAUGUAAAAUACCUAUACUUAGAUAAUAAUAAAAUAAAAACUUUUCAAGGGGCAGAUUUAAAUGAUCUGCUAGGACUUGAAAUUAUAUCCUUGCGAGAUAACGAGUUAUCAUCACUUCCAUGUGAAAUUUUGUUAUUUCAUAAUUUAAGGAUAUUAAAUGUUAGUCACAACCAAAUAUCACAUAUACCUAAAGAAAUAUUGCAUCUUGGGAAUAUAAGGCAACUAUUUUUAAAUGACAGUUAUAUUGAGAAUUUUCCUUCUCCUGGCAUAGAAAGUCUUAGAAACUUGGAAAUUUUAAGUUUAAGUAAAAAUAAAUUAAGACACAUACCAAACACUCUGCCUAAUUUGCAAAACUUGAGAAUUCUUGAUCUGGAAUAUAAUAAGUUAACAAUAUUUCCUAAAGCUCUCUGCUUCCUUCCAAAAUUAAUUUCACUAAACCUUACUGGGAAUAUGAUAGGCAGUUUGCCAAAAGAAAUUAGGGAACUUAAAAGUUUAGAAAACCUUUUACUGGAUCAUAAUAAACUUACCUUUUUGGCCGUGGAAAUUUUUCAAUUAAAUAAAAUAAAAGAACUCCAACUAACUGACAAUAAAUUGGAGGUCAUUUCACACAAAAUUGAGAAUUUUAAAGAACUUAGGAUUCUUACACUUGAUAAAAAUUUAGCGAAAAAAAUACCAGAGAGAAUUUCCUACUGUGUAAUGUUGGAACGCCUUAGUCUUAGUGAUAAUAAAUUAAUAGAACUCCCUAAGAACAUCUAUAAACUUAAAAAUUUAAGAAAACUCCAUGUAAAUAGAAACUAUAUGGUGAGAAUAACUGAAGAUAUCUCCCAUCUUAAUAAUAUAUGCAGCCUGGAAUUUUCAGGAAAUAUAAUAAAAAAUAUUCCCAUUGAAAUAAAAAAUUGCAGAAAAUUAACUAAAGUUGAAUUGAAUUAUAAUAAAAUACAGCAAUUCCCAGUGGGACUGUGUGCUUUGGAUUCACUUUAUUAUUUGAGUUUUAAUGGAAAUUCUAUUUCAGAAAUACCUGUAGAUGUAUCUUUCAGUAAACAAUUGGUUCACUUAGAAUUAAAUGAAAACAAACUCACUGUAUUUCCUGAUCACUUAUGUUCUCUUAUUAAUCUUAAAUUUCUGAAUCUUGGUAAAAACCAAACAAGGAAAAUUCCGCCAUCUAUUUCCAAUAUGGUAUCACUCCAUGUACUUAUUUUAUGCUGUAAUAAGUUUGAAACUUUCCCUAGAGAAUUGUGUAUUUUAGAAAAACUGCAAGUACUUGAUAUUUCUGAAAACCAAUUAUGGACAAUUCCUUCAGAGAUAUGUAAUUUAAAAGGAGUCCAGAAAUUAAAUUUCUCAAGCAACCAAUUUAUACAUUUUCCUACUGAACUGUGCCAACUUCAAUCACUGGAAGAGCUGGAUAUAAGUCAGUCAAAUGGGACAAAGUUAACCAGACUUCCAGAAGAGCUGUCUAAUAUGACUCAACUUAAAAAACUUGAUAUCUCAAAUAAUGCAAUCAAAGAGAUUCCAAGGAAUAUAGGGGAAUUGAGAAGUCUGGUUAGUUUUUAUGCAUAUAAUAAUCAAAUAAGUUAUCUUCCACUAUCUUUUUUAACUUUGAAAGAGCUCCAACAACUAAGCUUGAGUGGAAAUAAUCUGACAGCUCUGCCUAGUGCCAUCCAUAAUCUUGUUUCACUGAAGGAGAUAAAUUUUGAUGACAACCCUUUGCUGACACCUCCAAUGGAAAUCUGUGAAGGAAAACAGUUGUAUACUAUUGCCUGCUAUCUACAGAGGGCAGAUGAAAGAGAUGAGAAAAUCUUAGAGAAGAUACUCAAGAUAGUUGCCAACAAUAUCACUAAAACAAAUUUUGAAUUUUUGUGUCAAAAACUAAACCUGAGAAACUCAGAAACUGAUGUCCCUACAAAGAGCACUGUUUCAUUAAAUGAAAGAGCCUACCAAGCAUCUGUUCAGUGGAAAACAGAAAACUUAUCACUAACUGCUGCUACUUUAAGAAACCAACUAGUUCGGGCACUAACUAUGAUAGGAGCAUAUGAAAUUAUGGACAAAAUAACAGCUUUAAAUCUUUUUACAUGUGCAAUUAAAUUCUAACCAGUGGACCCAUAAUAAAAAUUGAAAAACUGUGAUGCAUUUAUAUAAUUAAAAUUGGAAUUUUGAGCCAUCUCACUUUAUCAUACAAGAAUAUUGCAGGUGGUGUUUCUUUUUAUGUAUUCCUAAGAAAAAACAAUUUACAAGUACC